CUGCCCUCUAGGCGGGGCUGACCGCGGGGCGGGGUCAGGGUCUCACACCUUCCAGAGGAUGAUUGGCUGCGACCUGGGACCCGACGGGCGCCUCCUCCGCGGGUACCUGCAAUACGCGUAUGACGGCGCCGACUACAUCGCCCUGAACGAGGACCUGACCUCCUGGACCACAGCCGACAUGGCGGCUCAGAUCACCAGGCGCAAGUGGGAGGCGGCCGGUGGGGCAGAGCUUGUGAGGAGCUACCUGGAGGGGGAGUGCAUGGAGUGGCUCCAAAUUCACCUGGAGAAAGGGAAGGAGACCCUGCAGCGCACAGACCCUCCAAAGGCUCACGUGACCCACCACCCUGUCUCUGAGCGUGAGGUCACCCUGAGGUGCUGGGCGCUGGGUUUCUACCCUGCGGACAUCAGCCUGACCUGGCAGCGUGAUGGGGAGGACCAGACCCAGGACAUGGAGCUGGUGGAGACCAGGCCUGCGGGGGACGGCACCUUCCAGAAGUGGGCGGCCGUGGGGGUGCCCCCUGGAGAGGAGCAGAGAUACACGUGCCAUGUGCAGCACGAGGGGCUACCAGAGCCCCUGACCCUGAGAUGGGAGCCCCUGUGGUUGCCUCAGCCCCACCCUCAACUAAUACCCUAG